CUCCUUGUAACUAAUAAUGUCCGCGCAGAUGAUGCAAGUGUGGGUAAUUAUUUCGCAAAUUUAUAUAACUCCCAAGAUGCAUCGUUCGAAAAUUACAUUGUAAGCUUUCACUUGCGAGAAAAACUUUAUUACUGGUAUAAUAAUUCUCCAGACGCGAGUUCUGAAGCUAAAGAAGCAUUCAAAGAAAAUCUGGUUUUAAUUGAUUACUUCAAUAAAUAUUUUACUACAGCAAAGUUUGGAGUUAACAUAUAUUCAGGAAUUUCUUUCGCUAAGUUUAUACAAGGAUAUACAGGCUUUAACAGUACAGGUUUAACCGACGAAGGAGUAGUAGAAUUUGAUCCAAAAUACGCCGGGAGGAUCCCUGUUGAAAUGGACUGGACUAGAUUAUUAACUAGCUAUGAAAUGUCUUAUUGUAAAAAUAGCUACGUUUAUAGUGCUUUGAGUAAUAUUGAAGCUCGAUAUUUUGCGUGGACCGGUGAGAAAAGUGAAUUGUCGGUCCGUCAAGCCUUUGAAUGUGAACGGUUUGGUAAUUGUCAAGACGGCGGAGUACCGCAUAACGUUUUUACGGCAUUACAAAACACUGGUGGUGUAUCCUAUGUUACCGAAUAUCCGACAUUUGAAGAUAGAGAUAACAUAACAAAAUAUGAUUGUGCUACGAAAAACCAUCCGGUGAAAAUUCAAAUUACAGGUUAUAUACGCUUUAAAGUGAAAAAUGAGAAUGACUUAAUACCUCUCUUAUCGAUAUACGGACCUGUGUCUACAACAAUAUGUGUGUCGGACAGUUUGAAAAAUUAUCAAGAAGGUGUUUAUGAUUCUGAUGAUUGCGGUACUAAUGCUACUAAUCACGCUGUUCUAGUAGCUGGUUAUGGUUAUGACACAACACUGAAGCUACCGUUCUGGAGAAUACUUACAGCGUGGGGUGAGGAUUGGGGAGAAGAUGGAUAUUUUCGAUUGAGAAGAGGGAAUCACACCUGUAAUUUUGCACGCGAGUAUAUUGCCACAGCUAUCGUCCAACCUGUCCAACCAAAUAACAUACGCUCGGUCCGUAAUAAUAUUGCAAGGACAGCUGCCGUCACCACUAACUACAAGUUACAAAAUUUUGCAGCAACUUCUGUCUAUCCAUAUCAAAUAAGUUAGCAUUGAAAAUAAUAGAGGUCAUUUACAGACGUGGAAAAUAUUCGAGUUGCAUUUUGCAAUUAAAAACUUUGUUAAAUUUUUCGUUUUUGCGAAUGCAACAGAAUUUUUGAAAUAAAAUUUAAUAUAACUUUCAAAGCAUUAACUAAACGUUCGUCAAGGGCACAUUACAUAGGGCGGAGGUUCCAUUUUGAACCAAUCAACUAACACCACAUGUUUAUUUCAUCCCUACCACAAUUUAACGAACUUUUGUAUGAACUCAAAAAGGUCAAAAAGAACGUUCACUUUUGAAUUGUACUUCCUUAAGAGACCACCACUGUUUGUUUAUUUUCAAUAUAUUACAGUCAACUUAAAUCGACUUUAUUUUUACGAGCUCGUCGAGAUCCUUUACAUCUUCUACUUCUACGGUGUGGAAUAAACAAAAAUAUAACUACGUCUAUAAUUUACAUCUACAGAAAGGCAAACCUGCUAAAUCAAAUGAGAUAUUUGUCACCCAGUCUCAUGAAGCGUGCGCGCAGUGACGUCACAUCGGCGCCCGCGCCGUUAAUGAGGAAGGAACGAACCUCGACCGGGAUGUGGACAAUUAGCUUGGUCAUAACAAAUCCCCGGGAAGCGUCCAUAAUCAGGACGCGAGGAUAAACCGGCAUGAUCAUUACCGUAUCGCUUAAUUAGCGGGUGCCCACUAUGCAUUGUAGUUCUACUAAUACGUACUUUAUUUUUCUUAUUGCAAUCAAGCAAAAUGUAACCUUCGUUUGUUUUAUGAUAACACGUGAUGGGACGAACAAGUCGUGCGCUUGGUGGUAAGCGACAUGCCUAUCCAUUACAGUUGUAGUACCACUCAAGGUUUUAUGGCAUAGGUCUGAGAGGUACCGCCACUGCGCACAGAGUUUUAAAAAAUAUUCAAAUUAAAGAAAGUUAAAACAGUGAGACACUAAAACCCCGAAAUUUUUCACAUCAUGUCUUGUUCGGAAAACUUUUUCCGGCUUCUUGAUUGCACAAAUACCAUUAAUGUUUAAUGGUUUAAGUAUCGACAGAGUUAAUGAGUAUGUUUACCUCGAACAAACUUUUAUAACUAUCUAAAGAAAAAUGGACAGAACAAUGAACGCAAAGGUCAAAUCUGACUAAAUAUAGGAUGCUUUUCAAAAACUGUCCAGUGUACUCAAAUGUAAUGUACCUGAAAAGAACGAAUUUGUCCAUAACACUCAUACAAAAUAGAAAUUUUGGCUAUAAAUGGCUUCUCUUGCAACAGAAGUCUUUAAGUUGCUGGUCGAAUGUGGAAUAGUAAUCCGUAGUUGUCUGGUGUCAGUCAUUUGUACCCUUCGACGUCCUGAUUUUAUAUACUUUACAUAUUAUCACUCGUAACUAGCAAAUAAAGUUUAUGUUUAAGUUAGAUUAACGAUGAUUGCUUCUGUUGUAGACCUUUUUUGUUUGUUCAGAAUUGUUGUAAUUAUGUUCCGACAAUGUCUGACAGAGAACACAGGCGGACACUAAAAACAACACUAUGCUGAUGUUUCGUCCAUUUCAUAAACUUAGUAAUAAAAAUCAGAGCUACUUGUAUUUUGUGAUUUUUCAUAUAUUUUUCAGGGGAGUAUGUUUAGUUUUGCCGACUAUUUAAAUUAUUUACGUCCUGUUUUAAAU